CUUCCUCUACCCCUCCCUCAUGCGCUCCUUCAAUCUCAUCGGACAAGGUGGAAUCUUGCUGUGUGGGCCCCCGGGGAGCGGGAAGACUUGUCUAGUCAAAGCCGCCGCAGCCUCGGUGCCAGGUCUCUCUUUUCUGUCUUAUGCGGCAAGUGAUAUAUACAGUAUGUACUUAGGGGAAGCGGAGGCAGCAGUGCGGGGGGCCUUCGCCCUGGCCCGCCAGGCCUCCCCCUGCCUCCUCUUCUUCGAUGAGCUUGACGCCAUCGUGGGCGGGAGUGCCGGUGAGACGCGAGGAGGGAAGGGACAUGCGGCAGAAGCUCGGGUUCUCUCCACCUUCCUGAACGAGCUUGAUGGGGUGGAAGUUGCGGCAGGACAAGAGGGAGUCCUGGUGGUGGGAGCCACGAACCUACAGGAGGCCGGCUUUCCCAUGUCAUACAUGUCCUACCGCCUCGAUCAUCCGAAGAUCGGGAAGAAAUACUACGGAUACACACGAGAAAGAUGCCUCUGGCUGCCCGUGGAGAGGAGGAAAGAGAGGCCCUAUUGGAGCGGCUUGCUGAGGCGACAGAAGGCUAUUCAGGGGCGGAGCUCGAAGGACUCUGUCGAUGAAAAGUAG